AUCAAACACGAUCCGCCGUCUCGGCGGCGGCGGCGGCGGCGAUGGGCAAGGCGAAGGGAAAGCAGCUGCAGGACGAGUACUACCACCUCGCCAAGGACAUCACCACCACCAGGUGCCGCUCCGCCACGCGGAGGCUCAUCGACACCUUCGACGUCGUCCUCCACGACGGCUCGCCCAACGUCGGCAGCGCAUGGGCGCAGGAGGCCACCGCGCAGUCCGCACUCGUCAUCGACGCCGUUCGCCUGGCCACCAUGUUCCUCGCCCCCAAUGGCACCUUCGUCACCAUUACCAAGGUCUUCAGGUCUCAGGAUUACAGCGCCAUCAUGUUCUGCCUGAAGCAGCUAUUUCAUAAGGUCGAGGUGACUAAACCUAGAGCGAGCAGGGGCACAUCCGCUGAAAUUUACAUCAUCUGUCUGAAUAUCAAGAACCACGACCUCACCACAGAUGAGGUCAAAUACCUUUGCGAGGAUUUGCAGGUGCUGGAUAAAAAUAGUUUCAAGCAUAUCUUGGAGUGGCGCACACGCGUAAGGAAAGCCCUGCCGUCAUCUUCGCAAGUUACACCACAGGAUGAUGGUGCCGCGACGGACACCAAGGUCAAAGAUGAUGUUCAGCUUUUACAGGAAAUGGAAGAAAUGGAUUCUGAUGAAGAACACCAACUGGAGGAGAUGCUUGAUGAAGCUUAUGAGCGUUAUGUGACCAAAAUGGGUGAAGAAGUAAAACAAGAACACAAACGUGCCAAGCGAAUCGAUCCUGAUGCUAAUGCAGGUUUGUUAGAGAGAGGUGAAGAUGAUGGUGGCAACGUUGGCAUCGAUCAAGGUUCUGACAAAGAUCAAGGCCAAGAGACCAACCCCCUUUUAUUAUGUCUAGAUACAGAGAAGCCAGCGGAAGAGCAAGAUGUUAAAGCAGUGGUUCAGUCAGGAUAUGUUCACAGAAGAAGGAAGAAGGGGAAAGGUGGCAAAGGAGGCGCCAAAGGGGGGAAAGGGAUGAAGGGUUCCGCCGGCCAGAAGAAAUGAGGCAUGCAAGGGAAAGCUGAGAAGAAGUUCAGCAGCAGAGUUUAGUUUAGCAAGGCAUCGAGUCAAGUUAGUUUAGCAAGGCAUGAAUGAGUAACUAGACAUUGUUGUGAGAUCCGAGCAUUUAUGUGCUUUCUCGUACUUCUCUGCGAUGUUGAAAUCAGAUAACAAGUCCGAUGUAGUCUAUUAAACCAUGUGGACAAUCAAGGCAUUUGUCUGAGAAAAUAUUUGCUCCAUCAGGUCCUUUCCUCAUUUUUUCCACUGCUUUUCGUAUAAUUCUGUCACUGGCAUAAUGAGGAAGACAAUUGGUGUCCGGUCUAUUUGAUGACAAAUUGCUCCUACUCAUUCUGAAUGUCAAAUCAGGAGCAUAUAUGCUUUUGUUGGAAAGAUUCAUCUUACAACAGUAUUAUCUUUGUUACAUAAUCUACAUGCACUAGUAGAAAACUGGGCUUUGGUCACAGGGCAAUAUUCACAUUAGACCCGGUUCAGUCACGAAC